AUUGAAACCAACCCUAAGCUCUUUUUAUCUCUACCUUAAAGGUAGCCCCGAUUAUUGCUGACUUAAGUAUCGGAGUGUCUACCCCGAGUUCCACCUCGGGGCUUUGCAGGUUACUUCGGAAUACAAGCGCGGACUGAAGAAGGACUUCGGGUUUGGUGCAAUUACAUUGGCGCCGUCUGUGGGAAUCGAACCCACGACCACGUUGCUCUUCCAUCAUGGUUCACACUCGAUCAGUCCGAGCUGGCAAUUCAUCUUUGCCUCAUGGGCAAGGUCAACCACACAACAACCUUCCACCUCUGAUCCCACCUCAAACCCUACCUCAGCUUCCACCUCAGGUCCCAACCAUAUUCCCUCCUGCUGAUCAUGCAGAAGGAGGAGAUGAAAACCAACCUCAUGCCUCAGCUCACAAUUCUACUUCCACUGCCAACCAAGACGUGGUGACAGCUCAGCUUGCUGCCAUGCAGCAGCAGUUUGGUGUUUUUCAGUUAGUACUAGCUCAACUUCUAGCUAGAAAUAAUCCUGGUGAUCCCCUCAUUAAUUUACUAAACCCCGCCCAACAACCCCCAGUUCCACAACAAAACCCCCAACCGGUUCAACCUACUCCCGCUGUUAGUGAAUCCCAAGGUCAAUCCCACAUAGCACCUGCUCAGCAACCCAUCCCAGAUGAUGUCACCCGACGCCUCGAUAGCUUGGAAAAGCUAGUAGCUGAACACCGAGGUGCUCCACCCCCACACCAUGCUGCUGAUUCUAUACCUCACCCUCUGAAUACCAACAUCACACUGGAACCCUAUCCUACUGGCUUCAAAAUACCACAACUGGAGACUUAUGAUGGGACGAAGGAUCCCGAUGAUCACCUGCAUGCUUUCUACUCUUGCAUGCAAGCUCAGAACGCCUCUGACGCGCUGAUGUGCAAAAUCUUCCCCUCUACUCUACGAGGUAAUGCUCGAACUUGGUAUUACAGUCUACCCCUGAGGUCAAUUAGCUUUUACACAGAGAUGGCAUCUGCAUUUGCCACUAAGUUUUCCAGUAGAAGGUUGAUUAGGAAAACUACCACUGAAUUGAUGCGAGUUAAACAGAGGGACGGAGAGUCUCUAAAGAACUACAUGAGCAGGUUCAAUGAUGCGGUGUUGGAGGUUAGUUCCUUCGACCAAGCUGUGGGUAUUGCAGCUGUAAUUUCUGGUCUCAAGCAUGACAGGUUCAGAGACAGUUUGAUCAAACAUGCUGCCACCACCUUCAGCGAGAAGCGGAAGAUUGACGAUGCUGAAUGGAAGAAUCAACCAAUUACUUUCACAUCUGCUGAUCUUGAUACAGUUGUUACACCCCACAAUGAUCCUUUGGUCACUUUUGUCAUGAUUAACAACUGUGAAGUACAACGUGUCCUUGUUGACACUGGGAGUGCACCAGACAUCAUGUAUUUCCACUGUUUCGAGAGUCUGGGAUUAGAUCCAACUCUGUUACAGAAGUAUGAUGGUCCUAUCUAUGGUUUCAACAACCAGCCUGUUCCGGUAGAAGGUGUUCUUACUCUCCAUGUGGCUUUUGGAAGUGGCAGAACCUAUGUAACCCCGUCGGUCUGGUUCCUAGUCGUUAAAAUGGCGUCCUCUUUCAACAUUGUUAUUGGUCGACCCACAUUGACCGAAAUCCGAGCUGUGGUUUCCCAAUCUCACCUCUGCAUGAAAUUCCCCACUCCAAUGGGAAUAGCAACAUUGCGAGGAAACCAGGAGGUGGCCAGACACUGUUAUAUCAUCUCGGUAACACAACCCAUGAAGGACAAAGCUCAAACUCCCGAAGCCAUUCCCCAGCAAAUUUCUGAUAAUCAGCAAGUUAUGGGUGUUGAGAUCGUAGAUAAUCGACCAGAAGAUGAAACCAGAGCUGCUCCGGUCGAAGAUGUUGAAGAAGUGCUCGUUGAUGACAAAGAUCCGAGCCAAAAAACGCAGAUCGGAACUAGAUUGAACCCGGAGGAGAGAGCAGAACUGAUAGCUUUUCUCCGAGCUAACAAUGAUGUAUUUGCGUGGACUUCGGCAGAUAUGCCAGGAAUUCCAACUUUAGUAUGUCAACAUAAGCUCAGUACCAACCCGUUGAAGAAACCAGUGGCCCAAAAGCGGCGUCUCUUCGGGGGGGAGAGGCUUCAGGCUGUUAAAGAAGAGGUAGAGAAACUCCUGCAAGCUGGUUUUGUCCGGAAAGUUGAUUACUGUGAAUGGGUGGCUAACCCAGUUCUGGUGAAGAAAGCCAAUGGCAAAUGGCGAAUGUGUAUUGAUUACACAAAUCUUAACAACGCCUGCCCCAAGGAUUGCUAUCCAAUGCCGAGCAUUGACAAACUAGUUGAAGCGGCUUCAGGCAAUGAGAGGUUGAGCCUUUUGGACGCAUACUCGGGGUAUCACCAGGUGCCAAUGGCUCCAGAAGACGAAGAGAAAACCGCGUUCUAUGCUGGUGAUGAAAUUUAUUGUUAUGUCAUGAUGCCGUUUGGCUUGAAGAAUGCAGGUGCUACUUAUCAAAAAAUGGUGACCAUUGUCUUCCACGCUCAGAUUGGCAAAAAUCUGGAAGUAUAUGUCGAUGACAUUGUGGUAAAGAGCCUCAAAGCAGAAGACCAUCUCGCCGACCUCGACGAAACCUUUAACAACCUCAGAAAGAACAAGAUGCGUUUAAAUCCAGCCAAAGAAGAUCAGAGCAAUUGCCGAGAUGGAACUGCCGAAGUCAAUUAAAGAUAUACAGAGGUUGACUGGAAGGGUGGCA